AUGCAGAGUCCCGCUCCUGCGGGCUCCGCCGCCUCGGCGCCCCCCAUCGCACUCUCGCCCGUAGAGAGGAGCGCCUUUGCGCAUCUCUUCAACCUCGCCGAUCCAGAGCGCACCGGCAUCGUCACCGGAGAUGCCGCCGUCUCCUUCUUUGCCAAGUCCAAGCUGCCCCCACCCGUCCUCGGUCAGAUCUGGGCCAUGGCCGACAGCGCCAACAACGGCUUCCUCACCCCGCCCUCCUUCAGCAUCGCUCUCCGCCUCAUCGCUCACGCACAGCGCGGCGAGCCCGUCACAGACGCCCUCGUCAAGCGUCCCGGCCCACCUCCCACCAUGGAGGGCGUCAACCUCCCGCUCACCGCACAGCUCACCGGCUCCCAGUCCGCCGCUUCCGGCGCCACCAACAUGCCCGGCGUCAUCGAGAUCAAGCCCGAGGAUCGCGCCCGCUACACCCGCAUCUUUGCCAACUCCGGCCCCUCGGGCGGUCUUAUCGACGGCGACCGCGCCAAGGAGAUCUUUGUCAAGUCCAAGCUUCCCUUUGACAAGCUCGGCGCCAUCUGGAACCUCGCAGACACACAGGCACGCGGCGCCCUCGAUCUCACCGACUUUAUCAUCGCCAUGCACUUCAUCCAGAACACCAUGAACGGCUCGCUCAACUCCAUCCCCGCUGCCCUCCCGCCGGGCCUCUACGAGCAGGCAAAGGGCUCCGGCGGCGUCGGUUCGCGCGUCCUACCCGGCUCGCCCCUCGCAGCCCAGAACACUGGCGGCUCGGCAUCCGGCUUCGGCUCCGCCAUGGGCGUCCAGCGUCAGAUGACUGGCUCCAACUUCCAAGCUCCCUCGGCUUUCCAGUCACCCCAACAGACAAUAGCCCCUCCCGCCGCUGCUCCCACCGCCACCGCUGCCACCUCGGUUGCAGCUCCCUGGGACGUCACUCCCGAGGACAAGGCUCGCUCCGAUCAGUUUUUCGAUGGCCUCGACGUUUCCAAGAAAGGUCGUCUCGAUGGUGCCGCCGUCGUGCCCUUCUUCAUGCAGAGCAAACUCACCGAGGCCGUGCUCGCCCACGUCUGGGACCUCUCCGACGUCACCCAGACCGGCACCCUCAACAAGGACGAGUUCGCCGUCGCCAUGCACCUCAUCAACGCACAGCUCGCCGGCAAGCCGCUGCCCCAGGAACUCCCCGCCACGCUCGUCCCGCCUUCGAUGCGCAGCAUGGAUCUGCCCGCCGCCGUCAACCCGCACCAGUCCGACACCCAGAAGGACCUCUUCUCGCUAAUGGACGACGACCCGCCGGCGCCCACCAUCUCGGCCUCGUCCGCUUUCAUUACGCCCUCGCCCGCCGCACCAGUCGUGCACAACCAACCGUUUGGCGCCGCCCCAGCCCCGGCUGCCACCACCACGGCUCAGCGCUCGGCUCCCGGUCCCUUUGACGACGACUUCUUUGGCGCUUCCGACACCACUCCCAGCGCUCCAACGCCUUUCCAAUCCAGCCAGCCCGCAGCCGCAGCCCUCUCGCCCGCGGCUACAGGUGGCAGCUUCGGCAGCCCGGCCGCCUUCCGUUCGCCCGGCAUCGCCUCGCCUACCGGCGUAGCUUCGCCUUCCGCCUCCACCUCGCGCCUCGGCACCGCCUUUGGCGCAGGUACAGCCGCCACUGCUGCAGGCGCUGCCGCCGGUGCCGCUUUCGGCUCGGGCUCGGGCUCGGCCACCGCCACCGCCACCGACCAAGGCGCCGAUUUCGGAAACAAGUCGCUGCAGCUCCAGAGCACCGAGAAGGCCGUCUCCGACCUCCAGUCCAGGCGCACCACCCUCGAAGACUCCGUGGCCACCAACGCUUCGACGCUCGCCGAGCUCGAGUCGCGUCUCUCCGCCGUUCGCGGCCAGCACGACACCGAGUCCAAGCUGGUCAAGGACCUCGAGGAGCGCUCGCAAAAGCAGAACGCGGAGCUCAAGACGCUGCGCGAGGACGUCAUCCGCGAGGAGAGCGAGCUCAGCGCGCUCAAGGCCGAAAAGGACGAGCUGGAGCAGGCGCUCAUGCGCGACCGCGAGGACGUGCGCGACAUGAAGAAGCGCAUGAACGACGUGCAGACCGAGACCAAGUCGCUCAAGGAGCAGCUCGACAAGCUGCGCAAGGAGGCCAGGCAGCAGAAAGGUCUCGUCGCCAUCAGCAAGAAGCAGCUCGUCACCGCCGAGGCCGACCAGGAUAAAGUGGCCAGCGAGAUCGAGGCUGUGCAGCGCGGAGAUGUCGAGACGGCCACUGAGCACAGUGCCGCGCCCGCGCACGCCGAGGCGGUGACGAGUCCGGCUGCGAGCGUUCGAAGCACCAAUCCCUUCGACCGCUUCGGAACGGGCGCGAGCGCUUCCCCUCAGCCGGGCACACCCGCGCUGCCUGCUGCUGGUGCGAGCCACCAUGGCGGCGUCGGAACGGCUCUGGCAGCUGGUGCUGGUGCCGGCGCUGUACUCGGCGGUGUGGCUGCGGCAGCUUCCCACCACGACAGCGAGGCUCCUCACACGGGCGUUGCGGACCAAGCAGUCCACGACGCCGAUCCGUUCGGCGUCCAGCACACGCAGCAGCCGGCACAGCCUGCGCAGAGCCUCGGCUUUGACGAUGCCUUUGCCGUCCCUGGCGAAUCGACAACCGAUGCCCCGGCACACGCAACCUCGGCCGACUUUGACGACAACUUUGGCGACGAUUUCGGCGCGGGCACUGCUGCUCCCACUGGUGUCGGUGCGGACAAGGCCGACGAGCCUGCUGUGGGUGACGACGAUUCGCGUGGUGUAGAGCCUGCGGCGGUGGAUGGGCUCGCUGCCGGUGCCGGUGCUGGUGCGGUGGGCGCUGCGGCAGUGCACGCCGUGGAGCCUUCGCAGGACGCAGCGCCCACAGUGGCAACCGGGACCGAGGCUGCAGACACCCCGAUCGCGGACAUGAGCCGACCGGACGAGCCGGACGCCGACGAGGACAGCUCUGACGACGACGAUGAUGGGCCCGAGGACGUCAGCGGCUACAGAGGCCACGACACGGCCGGUGCUGCUGACCGCUUCCCGGACAUCGACGAGUCGACGCAGGAUGUUGGCGCGGCGGCUGCGGUCGAGCCGAAGCACGAGGAACGCACGGUGCCAGGCGGACUGGAGGACGUUACCGCUGCCAGUGUGGUGCCUGCCUCGUCGGCCCCUGUUGACCCUUCGGCGAUCGGAUCUGUCGCGGGCGAGCGCACUGCGUCGACGACGUCCAUUGCGCCCGUCAGCCGCCAAGAGACCGGAGCCCCCGCCACUCCAGCCGAACCCGCUUCGGAAGCCGAGCAUACUCCGGCUGCUGCGGCUGCAGCGGGCGGACUGGGUGUUGCAGCUCUCGCUGCGGGUGCGGGCGCUCUGACGCUGGGCGAGCGAGGCGGUGCGGAUGUGCAGCCCGAGGUGUCGUCGCCGACGGACGACGUGCCGCUCAGCCAGCUCAUGGUUGCGCAAAAUCCCAAGGCUGGUGUCGAGCCGUCGGUAAGCCCGAGUUCUUCGAUUAAGACUCGGCGUGCGCCGCCGCCCGCGCCCGUGCGCAGCGGGACGGCGCUCUCGGCUGCUUCGCCUGCCACGGCGCCGACGGUGCUAGCUGCCGAGCCGACGAGUGGUACGGCGGCUCCUGUCAAGCCGGUGGAGGCGUCGACGAAUCCGUUUGGCAUGGACGACUUUGGUGCAGGCGCAAAGCCGCACCCGACGCAUGGGGACAGCGGCAGCGGCAGUGGGUUCGACGACUUUGACUCGGCCUUCGAGGAUCUCGGUCCGUCCGAGGCGGUUCCGAACGCCGCAGCUGCCGGCACGGGCGCGGCAGUUGCAGUGCCACAGAGCGGCUUCGACGACGCGUUUGACAACGACUUUGACUUUGUGCCGUCGUUCAGCACGGGUGCUGCGGGUGCUGCGGGUGCGGAUGCGGGCACCGCAACCACUCGAGCCGUUCCUGCGGCCCCAGCGAGAGGUCAGAAGGAUGCGUUUGACGACUUUGAUGCGGCGUUCGACAGCGCUCCGACCGCCACCUCCACCAGCGCCGCUCCUGCUGCUGCUGCUGCUGCUGCAGUUGCGACUCAGACUGGGACGACGUCCAACACUGCGUCUGGCUUCAGCUUCGAUGACGCGUUCUCGCCUUCCGCGAGCACUUCCGCGCCUGCAGUCUCAAUUCCCGCCUCCACCGCAUCCACCUCUGCCGCCACUGGUGUAAGCUCACCGACGGCGGCGGAGGGGACGUAUGCGCCGCCUCCCGGUCCUCCUCCUGGCUUCAAUGCUCCGCCCGCGGUGCCUCCUCGCUCGAGCGCACGCACGGCGACGGACGAGGCGGAAGACUACACCGGUGCGCUUCCGGACGACGCUGGGCCCGUCAAGCAGCUGUGCGGUAUGGGCUUUACGCGCCAGGCCGUGAUCGGUGCGCUCGAGAAGUCCAACUAUCGCACCGAAAAGGCGCUCGAACGACUGCUCGCCUCGACCAACUAA